UCGGAUUAGCGAUAGAAAAGGGAAAGAAGAAGAAGCGCAUCCGAAUGAAGAGAGGCAAUUUUGAUUUGUUUUGGGAGAUUGCAGUUCUUAUUAUUGAUUACCGUCUUACUCAACGUAGAUGUACAUCUACCGAAAUGAUAGUGUUCUCUUUAGUGUGCUUCCGUUUUAUUUUGUUCUAAUAAUAAGGUCAAGAUAAACUAUGGAACCAUUUAAAGUUAACAUUAAUAAUAAAGUAUUGUUUGAUGGAGAAGUUGUAGUGAGAGUGUUGGAAAAUGGUGCUUCUCUUUCUUCUGCAUCUGCACGGUCUCUGAAGCUUUUGGUUCAACUAGGUGAUAAGGCUGCUGGAUCCAGAGAGCUGUUAGUCCGUUUAACUGAUGAACAAGAUCCAUUUAUGCUCUAUACAUGUAUUGUUUGUGAAGAUGAUUAUCAAUCACUUCGACAACAUCAGGGUUUACUCAUAGAUUUCACAGCCUUUCCUCACAAGUUUGUGGAACUAGUUAACACUUGCAUCAGAGAAAACCAGACCAGUUCUCCAAGAUUCGUUUUGGUAUUGCGUUGUGCUGGAGUUGGUGAAGGAUCCUCGAGUCUAGAAGUUGUUGAAGUUAAUAUUUUUAAGCAUUUAUGUCAUUUAGCUCUAACUUUAGCACCAGCAUCUACACAACUAAAGCUCACAUAUCUAGCAGAGUGCUGUAAGAGCUUAAAGAGAGCUUCGUAACAGGUUAAGCACUGUUGAAACAGAAUUAGAGAGAUGUAAGCAGGAACUGUCACACACAAAGAAGCAUAAUGCCCACCUUGACCAGGAUUAUCAGUCAAAAUGCAAAUUAACGAGAGAUUUGGAAACCAGGGUAGCCCAUCUUGAAGCUGACUUAUUGAGUAAAGAAACCAGUCUUACACAUACACAGCAGUUACUGGAAGCCUUGCAGCAGCAGAAGCUAACUUUAGAAGAAACCUUGGAAGAAAGAAAACAAAAAGUGGCUAAGAGGGAAAAUUCUAUCCAGAUGAUUUAUGCAGAGCUGCAAAAGAGCCUGGACAUAAUAAAAAAACUUCAGAAAAGAUUAAGAGAUGAACACAUGAGAAAUAAAGUUCAAGAAGCAGCUUUAGUAGAGCAAGAAAAAGUAGUUGGUGAGAAAGACUCACAAUUAGCAGUAUUGAACGAGCAGUUGCAUGAAAUAACAACCAAGCUUUCAAAACUUAGUGUUGAUAAUGAGAAACUUCAAAAAGAGCUUAGUGAGUCAGUAGAGAAACUGGAGGAGCAGGAUAAAAUUUUGAAAACAAAUGAAAAUGUUAUUGCAUGGCUGAACAAACAGCUAAAUGAAGCAGAAAUAUCAGGAGCAGUUAUAAAACGAGCACCUUUAACAGAAGCUUAUCUCACUUCACAUAACCACCCAUCACAUGGAUUUGCAGGCCUACCUCAUGGGAUUGUAUCUCAUUCCACACCUUUGUCGAGUAAUUCCCAAUCCAAUCCUGUACCUUUAAGUGGGUGGUCAGGAGGAACUCGUAGCACUAUGAGCUCAGUUCGUCACAUUGGUAACAUUCCUCCAAUACCUGAGGAAAUAAGCCCACGUACUUCUGACAUCUCGCCACCUCAUAAGGAUUUCUCACCUCCUAAUAAGGAAAAUGUUGAUGGAUUGGACCCUAAAUAUUUAGAACCAGAAAAAUCUACUGCCAUACCUAUUCGUGGGUUACUUCGAGCAGAUUAUCCUCGUACAAAUAUUCCAGAAUCUAGUACAAGACUGAGACUGACUGACAAUAAGGCUAGUAGAAAGACAGAGCAAAAAGGGAAAGCUAUGCCUGCUGGAAAGACCACUACAAAAGGAACAGAAAGUACCAAAAAACAAACUUUUGGUAAGCAGUCAAGUUAUUUUCCGAGAACGUGACAUCAAAACCAAUUAACAAAUUACUGGUUGCUUUUCAAAUUUUAUUAUGUGCAGUACCUGUAAAGUUAAAAACUUAACAGGUAAUUUGUUUGUCAUGAUAUUUGUUGUUAUAAAUUUCAUGUAACUGGACUUGAUUAUCUUUUUAUACCAUUAUAAUUUAAAAUUUAUAACUAGUAUGCUGUAUGCUAGCUUAUGUGGCAAAAAUUCCUAAUUUGUAUGUAUAUUAUAGAGGAUAUAGUAUAUUUGAUGUACAAUAUUUUGAAAUAAAUUGUAGUAUAGUUACUGUAAAGUAUAUUUGCUUAAAUUUUAUUUUCUGCACCAUCGAAUACAAUAUGCACCUCCCCCCCCCACCCUUUCUUUUUUCUUGAUCGCCAUUAACAAGAAGGUGGCUAAUCUUGCAACAGAAAUGAAUUCUCUAUUCACUGUCACUUUCAUUGCAUUUUUACUAUAGAUAAAAAUAAUGUAUUAUA